AUGUUCUCUAAGUUCGUCAUCAUCUUCGCUCUGGCCGCAGCCGCCUCAGCCCUUCCAGUGGUGCCGGUCGCCAAGCUGGCAUACGCCGAAGCUGAAGCACCAGCUCAUUACGAGUUCCAGUACUCUGUCCACGACAAUGAGAGCGGGGACGUGAAGCAGCAGCAGGAGUCCCGUGAGGGAGACGUCGUCCACGGAUCAUACUCGCUGGUGCAACCUGACGGAGUCCACCGCAUUGUAGAGUACAGCUCUGACGCACACAACGGUUUCAACGCCAACGUACGUUACGAAGGACAACCCAUCCAGGCCCCAGUCCCCGCUAAGAUCGCCUAUGCUGCUCCCGUCGCCAAGCUCGUCCACGCCGCCCCUGUCGCCAGAGUAGCCUACUCCGCCCCUAUCUCCUACGCCGCCCCCGUCGCUAAAGUAGCAUACGCUGCUCCCGUAGCUAAGGUAGCUUACUCAGCUCCCGUCUCCUACGCUGCUCCCGUCGCAAAGGUCGCCUACGCUGCUCCUCUUGCUCAAGUUUCCUUCUCUUCUCCCGCUAUCUCCUACCACCACUAA